UAUUUAACUAUUUAAUAUGAUUUUCGAGUUUCGAGAAUUAGUCUCAUGACUGUCGAGGGGAUAUGAUACCUUGCUAAACAAAAUAUAUAUAAAUAUAUAAAGUUGUUUGAGAUCUAUGAUACAGUUUGUAUAAAUAAAUGAGAGAUGCAAAAAAUGAUUAUUCUAAAAGAAUCUGCUUCGUGAUCAGAUCCAGGUAGAAGAUAGAAACUUCAAAACCCAGUUUCUGUGAAUGUUAGUUACCUUCCCAUUCAUUCUUCUAAUUCUUAGUGCGGAGGAAGACCGUGCUUCUUGUCUCUUUACAAGCAUUGAUUUCUCCUCUACUCAAGAAAUCUAUAUUUGAACACUGAAUCUGCAGCCUCAGUUUGCUGCCACGCAGGUCUGGGAAAGAAGAAGUGAAUUUUGGAGUCUGAGGAAUAUUCAGCUAUGUUCAGGCUAUCUCCCAGGAGGAGUCAAAGAUCCAAAGGCUUCAAGGUGAAGCAUGCUCUACAAAUAUGUGUUCUGCUUGGAGUUUGUAUCUGGCUGGUUUACCAGAUCAAACACACGAAUGAGAAGAAAGCGUCUUAUGGAGAAAGCGCAAAAACUGGCAAUGAUGUUGUCAGGUUAGGGAGGAAGGACCUGAAUCCUCUUGUGGAGGAAACUACUGUCGUGGAUGCGAGACACAAGGAGCAGGACGAGGAGAGUGAACAUGAAAGCAAGACUGAAGAGCAAAUUAAUCUGGAUGAGGUUAAUAGUGUGGAUGAGAAUGAACCAGAACACAAGCCUGAAGAAGAGCAUAUCAAACUGGAUGAUGCUAAUGGUGUGGAUGAGAAUGAAGUAGAAAACAAGCCUGAAGAGCAUAUCAAACUGGAUGAUGCUAAUGGUGUGGAUGAGAACUCUGAGCAUAGUCAGGAUUUAGUGGAACAUGAGGGUGAAGGAAGUUCUGAAAAUGCUAGGACAGACAUUGAAAGUGAACAGCAUGUAGAGAAAGUUGGUGAAGAGAGUGACAAUACGGAGAGCAAGGAGAAUGAUAGUUUAGUGAAGGAGAAUGAAGAGAACAAACAUGAAGCGGAGAACAAAGAAGCUGCAGAAGUUCAUGAGGAAAAGAGUCAACAAGAGAAUGAAGAGACUAAAGAUAAGGAGAAUGAAGAGAUAAAAAAUGAAGUGGAGGAUACGGAAGCUGGAGAAGUUAAAGUGGAAAAGAGUCAGCAAGAGAAUGAAGAGACCAAAGAUAAGGAGAAUGAAGAGAUCAAAAAUGAAGUGGAAGACAAGGAAGCUGGAGAAGUUAAAGAGGAAAAGAGUCAGCAAGAGAAUGAAGAGACUAAAGAUAAGGAGAAUGAAGAGAUCAAAAAUGAAGUGGAGGACAAGGAAGCUGGAGAAGUUAAAGAGGAAAAGAGUCGGCAAGAGAAUGAAGAGACUAAAGAUAAGGAGAAUGAAGAGAUCAACCAGAAUGGAACUGAUGUGAAGGAUCACGUGGAGGAAAAUCAUGAGCAAGAUAGUAAGGAAGAGAAGGAGGAGAGCAAUGGAACUGAGGCAGAGAAAGAAGAGCAAGGUAAGAUUCAGGAAGAGGCUUCAUCUGAAAAACAAGUCCAAGAUGGUGAAGGGAACAAUGAGCAGCAUAGAGAGGAAAAUUAUGCAGGAGAUAACGCUUCUAGUGCUGUAGACCAUAAAUCGCAAGAUAUCUUCAAUGAAAGUUAUAACAAGACAGAACAAGUUGACAAAAAUGAAAAGAAUGAGUCUGAGAUGGAAUCUCAGAAAAGUGGUACUGAAACUAAUGAAGUGACUGAUUCUAAUGCCACAACAAACAUCCAAGAAAAUGGUGGGGAGAAUCAGGCACAGACAGAUAAUGGUUCAGAGAAGAGUUCCACAUCAGAGUCAGGUGGACAACAGCAUCAAGAGCAGAAUAACCCCACUAGUGAUGGUGUAGAAACUGUGGAUUCAUCCUCGCAGAAUGGGAAUGAGACAACAUCUCAUACAACUGAUAAACAGAAUGAAACUUCAGAAGAUGCAAACUCCAAAGUAGAGGACUCCAGCACUGACACUACAACGCCAAAAACGGAAGAUUCUAAUGCAGAUGCAGCUGGGGAUGAUGUUGAUUCCACUUACAAAUCUUCCUCAGGAAACAGUGACAGCAAUGCAAAUAAUGGUGCAUAUAAGGAGACUACUAAUUUGGUUCAAAAUGAAAAUCCGAAUGGCAAUUCUGUCCAAGAAGGAAAACAAGAUGCUAGCCAUGAGGCUCAGCUCACUGCCUCUGAUACUUCCUCAGAACAAAAGAAAGAUGAAUCCUCAAAUGCAGAAACUAAUACUGAUUCUGUGCAGAAUGACAAUGUCAACUCUGAUGGAAGCAAUACAAACAGUGAGGGAAGUGCUAAUGACAACAAAGAAGCUAGCCAGGUUAAUUCCUCCGAUGUUUCAUCUGAAGAAAGCAAAGAGGGAUCCUCGAACUCAGAAAACAGCAGUGAUGCUAACCAGAAUGGCUCAAACAGCAAUGAAAAUGACAAUGGGAAUGCUAGCCAUGAUGCCAAUGAGAAUGAGAACUCUGUUCAGAGAAAAACAAGUGAAAAUGAUGGUGAAGCUGCUCAAAAUGAAUCAGUGGAGUCAGAAAAGGCAAAGGAUGAAUCUGCACACUCUGAUGAAGGUAGCAAUUCCAACACCAAUGAUCAAGGAAGUUCUUCUGAUCCUUCAAUCACUGAGGAAGUUAAGGAAUCUCAUAUAGAUUUGGGAACUUUGCCAGAAUCCAAUGCAGAAAGCAAUCACAGGGAUGUUUCUUCUGCAGAGUGAUAAUUUUAAAUUAAUUCAUUGUAUCCUAUAAUUGCUUCCUCUGAUCCUACUUUCUUUUCUUAUUUUUAUCAUUUUUGUUGAGCCAUGUAUUGUUGUUUACAUAGCUAAUAUGGUAUCAAGGUUUUUGUUUCCACAAGAAUUUAGAAAGGUCUAGUAUAUUGUUAGUAUAAGAAACAUUUGUUGUUCUUCAUAUGUAACCAGUGCCCUUUUAUGGGAGAAAUAAUUAUCACUCCAAAAUAUCAUCAAAGUGAAGUUCUCUUUA